AUGUCUAGCCUCCAAGGCUACGUCGAGCGCCGCGUACUUCUCAUCCUACAAGAUGGACGCGCUAUAGUCGGGAUUAUGGCGGGCUACGACCAAAAGUCUAAUGUCGUCCUUUCUGAAUCCAAGGAGCGCGUGUACAGCCUCGAGGAAGGCGUCGAAGAGAUUCCUCUCGGUCUCUACCUCGUCAAAGGAGACAUGAUCAUCCUGAUCGGCGAAAUCGACGAAGAAAAAGACCGAUCCACCGACCUCUCGACCAUCCGCGCCGACCCGAUACCCCCCAUUCACUACUAG